GCUGCUAUUCAUCGGCGGGCAGGUGGCAGAUGACAGCGAUGGGCAUGGGAUCGGAGCAUGCCUAGCCGGGGAGGGCUCCAGCAAUGGAGCUAUGGGGGAUCGUUGGCUGCUCCCUGGUGGUGCUGAUGAUCGUGGCUGCGCUGCUGUCCAACGGCGUGGUGCUGAUCUGCUUCCUGAGCUGCUCUGACAUCCGCGGCCAGGUCCCGGGCUUGUUCACACUCAACCUGACCCUCUGCAACCUGCUGCUCACUGUCAUCAACAUGCCACUGACCCUGGUUGGGGUCGCCCGUGGCCACCAUCCCGGGGGCGAGGGUCUGUGCAGGGCUGUGGGCUUCUUGGAAACUUUCCUGACCAGUAACUCCAUGCUGAGCAUGGCCGCCCUGAGCAUUGACCGCUGGGUGGCCGUGGUUUUCCCUCUAAACUAUCACUCUAAGAUGAGGUACCAGGAUGCUGCCCUCAUCCUCCUCUACUGCUGGAUCCACUCCCUGUCCUUCCCCACCGUGGCCCUGUGCCUCUCCUGGGUGGGCUUCCACCAGGUGUAUGGUUCCUGCACCCUCUACAACAAAGAACCCGAGGAAAGAGACUCCUUCAUGGCUUUCAUUGUGCUUUUCCACCUGCUCAGCUACCUGCUGUCCUUCCUGGUACUGUGUGUCACCUACCUGCAGGUGCUGAAGGUAGCCCGUUCCCAUUGCAGGAGGAUUGAUGUGAUCACAAUGCAGACUCUGGUGCUCUUGGUGGACCUGCACCCCAGUGUGAGGCAGAGAUGUCUGGAGGAGCAGAAGAGGAGAAGGCAAAGAGCCACCAAGAAAAUCAUCACAUUUAUUGGAACGUUUCUGCUUUGUUUUACUCCAUAUGUAGUCACCAGGCUGGUCGAGAUUUCCUCCGCUACCACCAUAAGUCCUCAGUGGGGCAUCAUAAGUCGAUAUUUGGCCUACAGUAAGGCUUUGUCGGAUCCAUUUGUGUAUUGCUUAUUACGGAACCAGUAUAAGAGCUGCUGUCGAGACAUAGUCAACAAACUUUUGAAACGCAGCUCUGGCAAUUCCUCUGCUGGAAGGGUCAACUCUUAUGUGGGACAUUUGGUGCCAGCCACCUCCGAAUAAAUAACCUCAUGGAACUACAAAAAUCCUCUUUGCCAGGCAGGCACAUGUCCAGUUCCUGACAAAAAUGAGAACUACUGUAAAUGGGAUAUAAUCUCUCUUUCAUGUUUCUGUAAUUUAUUGCCUUAAUUUAUUUUUUAAAAGUGUGUGCUCCUUUAGGAAAAGGACCUCUCUGUGGAAUAUCAGUCUCAGACCCCUGACCUGUUUUCAGACCACCAUAGAAUAAUGUCCCAGACUCGUAUACCAGGAUAUACAGAACACAAGCACUGAUCAAUAAUACAGAUCUGCCUACUGGUACAAAUUCCAUUCAUUUAUGGAUCUGUCUCUGCAGGUACUGUCUACUACUUUACUCAGAACCUUUGAUGACUCUGAUAAUGUUGCCUGUUGACAAUCGUAUAUGUGAGUAAAGGUCACCAUUUGCUCAAAAUAUGUAUCUUGUGGAGUUUGAUAUUAA